AGCUGAAGGAAUAGGUGAUGAAGAGAGGACGCCAUUUUACACCAUUGGGAUACGGUCAUAGAUCUGCCAGUUUUUCCUUACAACUAUGUGGGGACGGACCACCUGGUUCUAACCGGGUUUACGGCCAAUUUGCAGAAUAUGCCUCAUGCUCCUCGGUAGUCCAAAACCUGGGCGGACCGCGUUAAGAUCAACGUGGUUUCCCCAAAUCAGCGCAGUUUCUAUCUGCAGCUGCAGGAAGCAUAAAGGACAUAGAAAGGCAAGACAGCCAGCCCGAGGCCCGUCUCUACUACCAUGCAGCGGCCGGGUGGUCGCCAUCGCCACAAUGGCCACUCUCUGCUCCGCAAUAACAAUUCCAUGAUCUCAUACAUCGCUUCUCCUUCACCGCGCGCUUCCACCACGGGCGCCUAUGCGGAAUACUCCACCAACAACAACAGGCCGAUAAAGCCCGAGCUCGUCUGCAAAUGGACGGACCACGAGCACCGUGACCGAACUUCAAAACAAAGGAUAUGCGACCAAACUUUCAGCUCCAUGCACGAGCUGGUGGACCACGUAAGCACCGAGCACGUCGCUGGGCUCGAGCCCCUGAGCCAUGUUUGUAUGUGGGAAGAAUGCCUGAGAGAAGGAAAGGCGUUUAAAGCCAAAUAUAAACUGAUAAACCACAUCAGGGUACACACUGGGGAGAAACCGUUCUCCUGCACUUUCCCAGACUGCGGGAAAGUGUUUGCUCGGUCGGAAAACCUCAAGAUUCACACGCGCACGCACACAGGUGAGAAGCCAUUUCAGUGUGAGUUCCCCGGCUGCCUGCGGAAAUUCGCCAACAGUAGUGACCGUAAGAAGCACUCGCAGGUUCACACCAGCGCCAAACCGUACGACUGCAAGUCCCACGGCUGCUUCAAGUCCUACACGCACCCCAGCUCCCUCAGAAAACACAUGAAGAUCCACCUCAACGCACUCAAGUCCUCUCCUACCUCCGAACCCAUAGACCUGUCGUUCACAGGGAUUCUUGGGAAACGUAGUUCCCGGGAUUACGUAGCUUCACGGACUAACUGCUCGUCCUCCAGACUCUCGCUGGCUCCGACGGUGUCCAACAUGAAGGAGUGGUACGUGUGUACCAGGACCACAGGUCAGGGACAGAACUACCUCCAACUCACAGCAGACCAGAUCAAGUCAGAACCGUGCGGUGCUGAUGAGGAGUAUUAUAACCCCACGUAGCAGGAGGCUUUGCAUUAGGGACCGUGUCCACUACAAUGGAUCCUAAACACUAAGUAUCAAUAUGGCCAUGUGAUUAUUUAAAACUCUUAUUAUUAUUAUUAUUAUUAUUUUAACCUUUUAUUUAACUAGGCUAGUCAGUUAAGGACGAAUUCUUAUUUACAAUGACGGCCUACCCCCGGCCCAAACCCGGACGACACUGGGCCAAUUGUGCGCCGCCCUAGGGGACUCCCAAUCACGGGCGGAUAUGAUACAGCCUGGAUUCGAACCAGGGACUGUAGUGACACAACUCCAUGCACUGAGAUGCAGUGCCUUAGACGGCUGCGCCACUCGGGAGCGAUGAGCACAGCACACUUCCCCUGUCAAUAUGGAGAUGGACAGAUGUAAUGGAGACUUACUGUAUGUGUGAAUGUCUGGGCCAGUGUUCAUAAUGAAGUGCCGUGUAAGAGUGCUGAUCUGGGAUCAGGUUAGCCUUUUAGAUCAUAAUGAAUACUAGAGAGAGGACCAGAUCCAAGUGCUGAUCUGGGAUCAGGUUAGCCUUUUAGAUCAUAAUGAAUAUUAGAGAGAGGACCAGAUCCUAGUGCUGAUCUGGGAUCAGGUUAGCCUUUUAGAUCAUAAUGAAUACUAGAGAGCGGACCAGAUCCUACUGCUGAUCUGGGAUCAGCACUCUGAGGCUCUUUAUGAGUACAGGCCCUGAUGUCCGUGUGUUAUCUAAUGAGAAGCCGUAGCCGUGAAAUGUAUUGCCAUAAGAGAUUAAAGACAACACCCCUCUGAUUGACACCCAGGGGCCCGUAUUCACAGAGCGUCUCAGAGUAGGAACGCUGAUCUAGGAUGUAAAAGACAAAACUGCUUUGUAAAUACGGGGCCUGAUCCGAGUUAGAUUCUUAAAGAUAUUUGAGCUGCGCUUGAUUUACUUAUUGAUGGAGUUGGCUCUUUUCUGAUUGGUCCAUUGGUUCCUGUUGAUUGACUGUUUUUGGAGUUGGCACUUUUCUGAUUGGUCCAUUGGUUCCUGUUGAUUGACUGUUUUUGGAGUUGGCUCUUUUCUGAUUGGUCCAUUGGUUCCUGUGCACCAGGCAAACUAAAUCAAGCGCAUCUCAAGUAUUUGACAAAUGUAAUGGACUCAUGUCUGGUUGUAUAGCUACGCUACUGAAGCAGAGCGUUCGGUGUAGUAAUGUAAACAUGAAGGUACCUCCGAGACGGUUUGCUCCGUUCCAGUAACUGUCAGACAGGAUCUCUAAAGACUACUUCCAAUGGAAGAAAUGGUUAACGUCCCCUUGACAGCAGCUCCGGCCCUAUAGAAGCCAUGUUAUGAUGUACUUAAUGACUUGGGUGUAAAACCGUGAUGGAGUUUCGUUGAAUUCUGAAUGUGAGAAACGUUGCCAGAACCUCACGAUGAGUCACUCUGUUUACAUGUGACUGUGCUGAUCAGUGUGGUGGUCGUUGCUGUGUUGACUUACAGCGACGAGGUUUAUUAUAUUUUCUGAACAUUUUUAUUAUUGUGUUUUUAAAUCUAUUUUCUCAGCCUUUCAUAGUGCCUCAUUAAACCCUAUUCCCACAUUGAUAUGUCUAUUGGUGAGCUGUUAAUUACCACACAACAGAUUCAUCCUCUUAUCUAUGCUAAUAACAGCUGAUUUCAGUCAGACAAAUAUGUGUUCUAUGUGGUCAAAGUGAAUAGAAACUGUGUGUAUAAAUAAUAAUAAAUACUCAUAAUUUCCCCCA